AUGGCGACGUCCUUAGGCAAACCAUGUGAAAUAUGUCUUAAACCAAUAACUGAUAUAAAAUACUACCGAUCACUGGGAACAGAGGCAAGCAAAGUUUAUAGUGCAUUGUUGGACGAAUUAAACAUAGAUCGAAAAGGAUACGCCUGUAAAUUUUGUGUAAAUAAACUUAACAGGUUGAUUCGUUUGGACGAGGAAAUUCGGACGAAGUUGGACGUUUUAAAACAGAAGAGGGGAGAAAUAUUUGAUGAUCUGAAAAAGGUAACAUGUAACAGACCAAGUUCUUCGGUAGCCAGUUCUUCGAGUGCUAGGCCUAACUCAUCUUUGCAAACACCCGUUAAAAAAAAUUCCAAACGAGAGUACAAAAUAAUAUCCAAGACUCCGACACCUAGGAAAUUUAAAGCAAGGCGAAUAUUACCGCUCGCCUCACCAUGUUCUAAAGAAGUCAAAGAACGGGAUACUUAUCACGCUGAGCCAACAGCAAGAAAGUCUACAACGGUUGACAGUUCAACUCAGACUAAAACCACUGAAGAGAAGGACUUUGCUGUGAAGAUUAUUGUCAAGUAUGGAAGCAACUACAGAUCCCGUAUUAUUAACAGCGAGGUUCAGAAAUCCGUGUGCAAGGCAAUACUGAACAACAGGAAUCCUGCUACAUAUAUCAAGUCUCUUACAAAAGAUGACCAAUUCAAAUCUGCUUUGCUUGAUUGUUUAUGUAAAGAAAUUAGAAAAGAGGUGUGCAGCUUGUGUAGAAAAGACGAAACUUUAUUGAAGUAUGAUAACAAUAUCAAGUGGAGAAACAUUUUAAGUGAACUUGUUUUGAAAGCACCAUCUAUAGUGAGAAUUUUUCAAAGCAUUGUCAGUAAAGACGUAAAAAAGUCCUCAAGUCAAUACACCAACAAUCUGUGCACAGCACUUUCUAUAUUGCUAUAUGGUAGAAACCACCAGCUAUCACAGAUUCAGUAUGUCGUCGGUUUUGUUCUUGAUCAGUGUGGAGCCACCAAAGAGGCUAUAUCCAUUUUGCAUGACAUGGGUGUUAGUGUUACUCAGUCAACUAUUCACAAGAAGAAGAGGGUAUUGGUCAAACAACAAGAAGAUAAAAUAAAAGAGACAGCCAAAGCAUACACAGAGCAAAGGAAACUUAUUCUUCUUGGAGAAGCAGUCAUUAAUAGUGACUCUCAAAGGAAGGAAGAAGUUUUACCUAGUGUUUAUAAUACCAGUAAUUAUGCUGACUUAGACAUUUUAUCAGCUAAAUCAAAGUUGCACAUUCUUUCAAAUGGUUGUGGAGCCACAUAUUCAGGGUGUGAAACAACAGCAUUGUACGAUUCAUGCUUGGAGCAAUACAGUACAUGUACUGCAAAUACUCCCGUUACAUUUUUAACUGAGAGUAAGAAGUAUUAUUCCAGCACUGACAAUUCUGUGAAGCAUUGUGAAAUAUCCAUUGACAGUUCUUGCAUUAUACCCACUGGAACUUUUUCUUCAGAAAUAUAUCGAUAUUCUACAGCAUCACACGAAAAAUCAAUGGAGAGACUUAAGAAGGAAGUCAACAAAGCGAAACAAAACCCGGUAAAGGCAAUAGAAGUACUUGGAGAUAACUUGGACCUACUUGUAAGUCCAGGAGACAUGACAUCAGAUCGGCAGAGAAAAAGCUGGCACUGGUUCUUGGUAUUAUUAACCCAGAAAAGAAUUACAGCCCCAGAUUUGCCAUCUUCUGGAAAAGUAGCAGAUAUUCUUCAUCUUGAAGCUUCAAGCUGGUUACCAUCUAAUGAAGAAAUCCUUAGAUAUCGUCAUGAUUUGCAGAUACAUGUUGCCAAGAUUUUAGUAAAAAACUUUGCUGCUUUAAAGCAUUUGGACAAAGUAUUACCCAAGUACAUCCCUCAUGAGUAUGUAGAAAUUACCAAACAAAAGACUGUGUUCUAUAAUUCCGACCUAAUCGAUGCAAGUGAAAAUUCAACUGAGGGCAUGAUUCACAUACUGCAGAAAGUACACGACCUUGUUGUACCCCAUUGUGUUGUAGAUUCAAAAGAGGUUUGUGAACCUGUAGUCUUUGGAGGUGAUGUACUUACAAAUGAACGCGCUUAUGGUGCACAGAUGGCAAUGUUCAACAACAAAUCCGAGUUCAAGAAUUUAUUGGGUGUAAUACAUAGACCAGAGGGCCUACACAGACAGAUGAAUUUUCUCCUGGUGACAUUAAUGCCCUUGCAUGGAGUUCAGUUACAGUUCAUGUUGAUUUUUUGAUUUC